AUGCGCUCUCAUCGGUGCGGGAGUCUAAGGAGGAACUGGUGCACCUGCUUCCAAAGAGGCAGCCUCCGGUACGUAGACUGGCGCCAAAAUGGAGACCAAGGUUCCAGCAGCCUCAGAGACGGGCACAGACGGCUCCUGCUGAAGCCAGAGGGGGUUUUCACAACCGACCCGUGGCUGUGUGAAGAGGAAACUUCAAUAAAUCCGCCAGCAAGCACAAAGGCAAAAGCCUCGGACAAAGUCCAGGAGGAAAUUGAGCGUGUGAUUGGGAGGGAACGCCCCCCGCAGGCCGAGGACAGGAAGAGCAUGCCCUACAUGGAUGCCGUGCUGCACGAGAUCCAGAGAGUGGGCAAUGUGGUGCCCAUGAACCUGCUGCACGAGACCACAGGGGACACCACCUUCCGGGGGUACAGGAUACCCAAGGGUACCCCGGUGAUCCCGCUGCUCUCCUCCGUGCUCUCUGAUAAGACACAGUGGGAGACCCCUCACCAGUUCAACCCCAACCACUUCCUGGACGCGCAGGGCAAGUUUGUCAAGAGAGACGCCUUCAUGCCCUUCUCAGCAGGUCAGGUGUGUCUUGGAGAGACCCUUGCCAAGGUGGAGCUCUUCCUCUUCUUCACCAUGCUCCUGCAGAAGUUUCACUUCCGCCCGCCCCAGGAGGUCAGCCCGGAGCAACUGGACCUCACCCCCACCCCUGGCAUCACCUCCGGCCCCCAGCCCUUCCAACUGUGCGCCCUGAGCCACUGAGAGACCCUGUGACACUGCAACCCUGCCUUACUGCAUCUGCUAGACCUUACUGCAGCCACUGACCCCUCCCACUGGACGCUAUUGAAAUGAGGGCGUCAAUUCAUUACAAUUUUUGAUCGGUUAAUUUAUUGGCAUUAGAAAACGGUUCAGUACAGUCGGCCAAUCAGCUUCCAGUUCUAGCGGGCUCUAAUAGACAGUAGAUGCCCGCUGGAACGUCUCGACGCCAACUCAGAAUCAAAUUUAAAAUGAAUCGACGCAAGUGGUGGCUUUUUUCUUUUUGACUUGGUGUAUUUUUAAGUGUAGUAAACAUCUAUUGGACGGUAAAUACUAAACAAAGACGUAAUUGGUCAAAAUGAAUUUUAUUAUCCACCAAAACAGCCAAUCA